UCUAUGGUCCAGACCAGUAACGAAAUGGGAGGUGUUCGUAGCGGUUCGCAGAGGCUGUCUAGCCAAUCGAAAAGCUGCACAGCUGACGUGGAAUCAAAAACACGGAAGUAACAUUUCUGUGAAAAAUGCUACUGCGUCAAAUAUAUUAGUUUUUACAUAAAGUUUGGAGGAACUGUGCAUGUUUCGUUCAAUUAAAUGGAGAACGACAAAACGCAAUUGGUGGCAACGGAGAAGUAUGGCUCUCUCGAGUCUUGGAAAUAUCAGUUGAAGGGUGGAUUGAUAAAGAGAGAGAGAGAAGGGGAACACGGUGGGACCACAGGAAAUUCCAUUAUCGGCGUGUUCAAAAGUGUCUUCUUGCCCCAAGGGUAUCCAGAGAGCGUCAGUGGUGAUUAUGUGCGGUAUCAGUUUUGGGAUACUCUGCAGGCAUUCUCCAGUUCUCUUUCAGGUACUCUUGCCACCCAGGCCUCAUUAAGGGGUGUUGGGGUUGGAAACCAAGAGGCCACGGUAGCGGCUGCCACGGUUACCUGGUUAUUACGUGAUGGCACAGGCAUGCUGGGGAGAAUCUUAUUUGCCUGGCUUAAGGGGCACAAACUGGAUUCUGAGGCAAAAAAAUGGAGGCUUGUGGCAGAUGUUCUCAAUGAUAUGGCCAUGUUCAUGGAAAUAAUGGCUCCUAACUUCCCAGCAUGCUUCACUCUAAUUGUGUGCUCUGCAGGAAUAUUAAAGGCUAUAGUGGGAGUUGCAGGUGGGGCCACCAGAGCUGCUUUGACUGUUCACCAAGCUCGCAGAGACAACAUGGCUGACAUCUCAGCCAAAGAUGGCAGCCAGGAGACUUUGGUGAAUCUGGCUGGACUUCUGGUCAGUCUGAUCCUUAUUCCUCUGGUCACUGACAAUUCACUGCUGACGUUUGUCCUCUUCUUCCUCUUCACCAUCCUUCACCUUUUUGCAAACUUCAAAGCAGUGCGUUCUGUUGUCAUGGACACCCUUAACGAGGCUCGGCUUGCCAUUGUGUUUCACCAAUACCUAAAAGAUGGACGGAUCCUUAAUCCACUAGAGGCCAAUCAGAAAGAGUCUGUAUUCUUGGAGUUCAGGAGGACAGUGCCAAUUAAACUGGGAGUGAGGUUAAUGGAACUAGUUAGUACCUCAGAGGAACUUCAUAUGGCUAUUUUAAACAAUCAUGAGUCUUACCUUAUCGGAGUCAAACAUGGCUCUGUGUGUGUUUGUUUGGGACCAGGCGCAUCUGUGUGUGAUGAGAUCAGGGCUGUGUGCCAAGCAGUCUGCCUCUGCACUGUCUUACAACCUGUCUCACCUCUAGAGGGUGCUCUCAAGCAACUAUCAAUGUCACACAGGAAGAAUCAUUGGGAACUGGUGUAUGAGAGUCACAAGCUUAUGGACCAAAUUUUCCAUCCAUUCCUCGAAGGUGUGGAGACCGCUGGAUGGCAGACUAGUCGAACCCUACUGGACUGGGAUGAAUGGAGGGUGGACUGGAAGAAGAAACGGAGUUAAAGGAGAAUGGCAGGAGCUCUGGAGUAUACCAACUAACAGGGAAUAGGCUGUUCUCUCUGUCAAACAUUCACUGUGAGAUGGUUAAAGAUUAACGCAAAAAACAGGCUUGUAUGGAUUCUAGCCAUGACCCAAUAUUUGGUAUAGAGGAAAUGCUUCAGAUUUAUACAUCCAGUCAAACAUCUUGGGCCUUAUCUAUUAAUGAAGCUGAAGCACUAAUAUUUGUAAAAAAACAUGUAUGCGAACUGUCACAUUUGUUAAUAUGUUUGCUUGAUAGUGUGCAUAAAUAUAUGCACAGCCGUGACUAGUGCAUAGUGCUGGAGUAAGGAAAUUUUGUGAAGCGUAGAAAAUGUUUUACAUGUAAGAUUUUUUGAUUAUUGGUAUAAUACAUACAUUUUCAAUUGAA